GGAUUCCAAGUUCAUCCACCUCCCUCUCUUUUUCUUUCUCUUUCUCUUUCACUAUCUAAUCUAAAUCUAAUCCAUAUAUAAAACCCCACAACAUCACGUCACAUUUCUCUUCUCUUUCCAAACAGAAUCUUCUUCUACUCAAAGAACAAAAACUCACAGAGAUAUCACAACAAAGGACCAAAAAUGUUCUCAAACUUUCAACAACAACAACAUCAUAACCUAUUUCAACCUUCACGUGAAUGCCAAACCUCAGAAGAAGAUGAAACCCGAAGCAGCGGUGGGCCCAGCCCAAACAAACCUUCCUGUAACGACGGCGCCACCAUUGAAAUUGGUCGUAGGCCAAGAGGCCGUCCACCUGGCUCCAAAAACAAGCCUAAAGCCCAAUCACAAAUCAUAAUCAAUCACUCCUCCGACCCUGCCAUGAGCCCACACAUUCUCGAAAUCCCAGAAGGCAGCGACGUCGUUGAAGCAAUAUCCCGGUUCAGUAACAGAAGAAAAACCGGUUUAUGUGUAUUAACCGGUUCAGGCACUGUAGCUAACGUUACACUCCGUCAACCUUCUGGUCCUCCUGGCACCACCGUUACUUUUCACGGUCGUUUCAACAUUCUUUCAAUCUCCGCCACGUUCUUCUCUCCGUUAGAAUCCUCACCACCCAUGAACAAAGAAUUCUCAAUCUCACUCGCCGCACCUCAGGGUCAGAUCGUUGGAGGGUUUGUCGUCGGUCCGUUGCUUGCCGCCGGUACGGUGUUUGUCAUUGCUGCUUCCUUUAACAAUCCUUCUUAUCAUAGAUUACCUUUGGAAGAGGAUGUGAGGAAUAACUCAGUCUCCGGCGGCUAUGAAGAGAAGUCGCCGCCGCAGCUUUCUGGUGGAGAGUCGUGUAUGUAUAGCUCUCAGCUUCCUUCUGAUGUGAUUUGGGCUCCAACGGCAAGAACAAAUUUCUGAUAUAUUAAUCAUCACUUUUUGUUGAUAUUUUUUUUGUAGUUGUAGUAUGAGUGUGGCUUUUUUUUUUUCUUUGUUCUUCAUGGUUUGGGUGUAACGUUUUCUAGGAAGAUUGGUUAAGUUUUUUAUUUUUAGAUUUUGAAGUAGAUUAAUCACUACUUAGAUGGAGAAUUUAUUUUUAGUUUUUGGUUUCUAAUUUAAUUUUAGUUUUUGCUUAAGAAGAAAAGCACAACUUGACAUGCUUUUCUUUUUUACGAAAAGUCAGUCCAUGCAUAAUAAAUUCAGCUCUUAUCUAAACAGGGUUUGAAUUCAGCUGUCCAUGAGAAAUCAUCA